AUGGCUGACGUAGCGCAUCUCAAAAGCCUUCUGGGCGAGCAUCCCGAUUUCCCCAAGAAGGGAAUCGUCUUUCUCGACAUGUUCCCUAUCUUGCGUGAUCCAGUCGCUUUCGAGUCCCUGAUCACGCACUUUCUACAACACAUCUUCACCGUCACGCUGCCAAGGACGCAGUCCAAACGAAUAGACGUCGUCGUCGGUCUCGACGCCAGAGGGUUUUUGCUCGGACCCAUCAUCGCCCUCAGACUGGGGGCGGCGUUCGUACCCGUGAGAAAGGCAGGCAAGCUGCCAGGAGAGUGCGUCAGAGCAGAAUACGUCAAGGAAUAUGGCACAGACUCGUUUGAGAUGCAAAAGGGAGCCAUACAGCCCGAUCAGAACGUCAUCGUCAUCGACGAUCUCAUCGCGACGGGCGGCUCUGCUUUCGCCGCGGGAGAUCUCGUCCAGCAAGUCGGCGCAAAGACGCUCGAGUACCUCUUCGUCAUCGAGCUCACCUUCCUCAAAGGUACCGCAAAGCUGAACGCGCCGGCUUAUUCGAUCGUCCAGGAUGACGGAUAG